AUGGAAAUAGCACUCAUGAAUGAAGAUCUCACCCUGCCGCUUAUCCGAAUGGGACACGAGCAGGGGCUCGAUAUCGUGACUACUGGUUUCGUAGUUUGUUUUACCACUGGACCAAAGCCGGAUCUGACUAGAGACAAUGUUGUGUCUACGGCGUUCACUGUGACCGUCUUAGUUACUUUUGUGAGUUUUGUGAGUUGUGUCCAAGGUACAAAUAUAUGCAAGGAAGAAAUCAGUACCAACAAAGGCAAAACAUUUUUGGUGACUUUUUCAACCUUUGAUAGAAAUGACCAUUUCAAAGGCAUUAUUUACAUAGGAAGUUACAGCAGUGCGAGUGUAAAUAUAACAAAACAUACAGGAAACUCCAUUACAACGGAUAUUCAUAAAAUUUCACCAGGUAUUAAUGAAAUAAGCCUAUCAUCGCUGGCAAGCCUCGUUCAGACAACUGAAGGCAAACAAACCAAACUUUUACGCAUCGAGUCGACAGUUGAUAUUGCUGUUUACAUGGCAGGAUAUAGCCCAGGAGUAGCUGCUGCAUACACCGUCUUUCCAGAAAGCACAUGGUCUAGAACAUACGUGGUGCCAUCAUUUAAACCUGACAUAGGCGUUGAAGGUCGAAACGACGUUGUCAUAGUAUCAAGCCUGCAUAACAACACUGUUCUGCAAAUAGCAAACAAACAAUUGAGCUUUUCGAUCAAUACAACUAUCAAAGCUGAUGAAAGUUACGCGCUGGCUAGAAAGGACGAUAUAUCUGGAACUAUUGUUCAUAGUAACACACCAAUAUCUUUCGUUAGUGAGAAUAUAUGUGCUUAUGUUCCAGAAACUAUCACUGGCUGUGACACCAUGAUAGAUUCGCCAAUACCAGUAGACUACUGGGCUUCAGAAUUUAUCAUUCCACCAUUGACACCAAAAUUAGGAUAUCUCGUACGCGUAUUCGCCCAGGAUCACAACGAGAUCGUCAACAUUGUUUUAAAGAACAAGACUCGUAGUAUAAAUAAAACUUUUUCCGGGAUGUACGAAAUAUUAUUAGGUACAGAUGCUCUGGUAAUAAUCACAGAUAAGAAAGUAAAUGUAGUACAAUAUGGACUUAGUAAAUAUUACGACCACAUAGACGCUGAUCCAUUUAUGACGUCAGUUCCGGCUGUUCAGCAUUACAGCAACAACUAUCAAAUUCCGACACCAUUUGCCAGUGACGGAUUUAUUAUCACUAUUGCUAUAACUAUCAGACAGAAACAUCUUUCCGGACUUUUAUUUGACGGACAGUUGAUAGAUUUACAAACUGCUACGACAAUAGUGCCAGUUCAGCCAUAUGAUGACUUUAGGAUUAUCAGUUUAAACAUUACAAGCGGACAUCACAGUCUGAGUCACCCGUCCUCUGAUGCACAAUUUUCUGUUCUACUGUAUGGUAGGAAUGGCCGAAAUGGUUUCGGUUUUUACCUUCGCUACAACUUUCACAAAGAUUCGAAACUUGUAUGUGAAAAUGGAGGUUUGUGUAAAGACAGUACAACCUGUCAAUGUCUGGAGGGAUACACUGGUGCCAGGUGUCAGUUUGACGUUGACGAGUGUUUGAAUUCUUCCACUUGCGUCAGUGGAGCGACAUGUAUUAAUACCAAUGGAGGCUUCAAAUGUCACUGUUACGGUGGAUGGACUGUGUAGCUUUCGUUUAAACGCCAGGACUUAAAUCCAAUAUGAAUUUAAGCCAAAUCCAAAGAAUACAAGCGUUCAUGCAGAAACUGUCACUUAAUUAUGCUGUAAACAGAUGGUAUUAGUUUUACUUAUGUUUUGGGAAUGUAAAAACUUAAAAGUCUUAUAAAGGUACUCGUCUAGUCUUUGUGUCCAUAGUGCAUCCCAAGCACAUCCUCACUGACUCUACCUCUAAGAAAAAAAAAAGAAAUAAUGAUAUUGAUGAGUUUACUUGUAUCGAUGCUUUUACGCUAAGUAAUGAAAUAUGACAAGAUCGAAGAGUUGCUGUAUAGUUAUGGAGGCAUAUGUCCAGCUCAGUAAUACAAAAUGUAAUGCAUACUACCAUGCUAUCUUUAUACACAGGGAAUUUAGAAAAUAGUUAAGAAAUAAUAUAUACAUUGUUCUAAACAGUGAAUUGUUGUUAAAUAAAAUUAGUGUUUGGAGUUCAGAUGCGAAAGUUAUAUAUCACAAUGGCUAUACCCGAUAAUUAUAUGCAUCUAAACGAAAAUGAUUUUGUUCGAGAGCAAAUCCUUAUUUGAGAUAUAUAAUAUUUCGAUUCUAACAAGUUAUUAAGGACCUUUAAGUACAUUCUUGCGACAUCCGCCAAAUAUUUGCAUAUUUUUUGUGGGUUUCUUUUCCAGCGCGCCGUGUAUAACGUUUGACGAUAUGACGUAAUAGUUGUAACGUACAAACAGUGAAUUGAUGUAUAAUUAAGAAAUAAUAUAUCUCAUUUAGUGAUUUGUCGCUGAAUAAAUCAGUGUUUGGAGUUCAGA